UUCGCUCCCCAACAAACAGACCGCAGCGCUUUGGGAACAACAAGAUCACUUGGACUGAACCGAAUCCAGAGGAAUGUUUGGUUUAUCGUAAUCAAAAAGCCGUUUUGAUUCAAUUCACCAGCGACACAGGACGGCAGCUAUUCUGUUUUUACCUUAACUGCUUUCAUCAUCAAUUCUUUUGGAGGUAGUAAAAUGACUCACGGUACCGGAGCAGAAAUGAUCCCGGAGGUAUCAGCCGCUGCAAGUUUCGUGUGCAGGCUACUGCGCAGCCGCGGACACCUGAGUGACGCACAGCUCCAGGUGUUCAGAGACUGUCUUGCCCAUGAACUCUCAGAACACUACCAGCAUCACUGGUUCCCCGACAGACCACAGAAGGGUUCCGGUUACCGCUGUAUACGCAUCAAUCACGAAAUGGACCCACUCAUUGGCCGAGCAGCCGGACAUAUUGGACUGACUAGUGGGCAGCUGUUUUCUCUCCUGCCACGGGAGCUUACGCUCUGGGUGGACCCGUACGAAGUGUCGUACCGCAUCGGCGAGGACGGCUCCAUUUGCGUUCUGUACGAAGCGGAACCGCACGUCUCAAGCCCCGCCCCCAGUGUCCGAGGACCCUCGGCAUAUGACCAGACAGCCACCUGCAAAUACCGCUUCAUGAUGGGCGGCCGCACAAGUCCACCGAAAAACUACCUGAUGACGGUGUCCAGCUAAACGUAUGGGACCGGUGUCCGCUGGUGCCACGCCUGAACGGCCAACUGCCACUUUAACAGUUUACGUUUCCUGUCAUUUUACAUUUCUAGACAUUCAGGUUCUAAAAUAAUUUAAGAUGUAAAGCUAAAGCACUGGUUGAUGAUAUUUGGACAACUGACUCUUUCAGCACUAUACUAAAUGAAUAUUUUAUUUACCUGAAAUGGGUUUUGGGGUAUUUUCACUGGUGCUAGCACACUGUUUCAAUGCAAUAAUGAUACCUCACGUCUCUCACAAGAAUUUAAAGCAAUUAGGGUCAGAAACAUACUCUACGCAAGUACGCAAACGCUUAGUCAACACUUUGGGCCAAAUUCCCGAAGCGCGACUUUCUGCAUACAUUUGUUCGUAAAACCAAUUGUCUGUAAAUUUGUUGCAAUUUUUCUUGUGUUUCAUGAAUGACAUCCAUAGUACAAACUUAACAUUUGUUCUUGUGUUAUUGUUUGGUAACAAUUCACAGUUUACCGUUAUAUUCCAAUGUCUGCGAACCAAUUUUAUGUAAACUGUUGCAAUGCCUUUUUGUGUUACUGUAGCGAAAGCAAACCACAGUUUGGCAUUACAUUAAAACUAUUAUUCAGAGAGCUAUUUGUAAACUACUUGCUCUGCAAAAGUCUCUUCAAACUGUUGCUUCGCCAUGACGGUACUUGACGGUUUACGCAAAUAUCCGCAGUAGCACCCCCUUGUGGCCACGCCUAGAAUGCAAUGUGUCAUUUGAUUAUGAAUCAUAUUCUGACACACAUUUUGGUAUGCAACGGCACAUUAAAUAAAGUUCUAAAUUGUGCAUUUUUCGCUAGAAGUGUUUGCGUUCACAUACUUGCGUAAAGUGUGUUUUGGUGGUGUUUAAUAACAUUUUUGCAGGAGCUGCUACUGACUUCCACAAUUCCCUCUGCCUUAAUGACGGUGCCACCACUCCCUUAACAAACGUCACUGCCUGACUCUCUUAGUCUUAUUGUGCAAUAUUCAGGCAAUACGCUCUUUAAAAUCCCUUUUGUAAUGUCAUGAAAUGAGUUGGAAAUGAAUCUUUCUCAGGAUGCUUUGCAUGUGGUAUGUUGGUUGAUAUUGGGCCGAAGUACCAGUAAAGACUCACGUUUGUAGCAUUCUGUAUCUCUCGGGCUGCUGAGCAGCUUGUUUACCGUAAAAUGUAGUUUUUGUAAGCUAUUGAAGCAGUGUUUGCUUUUAAUGUACAAUUUUUAAAUGAAUUUGUGCAGAUAUAGAGCUGUAAGUGUACAGUCAAUUUUUAUAACAAUAAACAUUUUAUAAAGAAAA